AUCGGGAUCGAAAAUCAGAAGUAACAUAGACUGUGUUCAGUGUUAGCUAUACUUAUAAUAGUUUUAACUAGGACCAUAUUUAUCAUUUUAUGAAGAUUUAUAAUUAUAUUACUUAAACGAAGGACAUUCCCUUCCCACGAUCUGAUACAUCGAUGAAUUUUUAUGAUAAUAUAAUCUGAGCGAGAGUAAAGGGAAAAUGAGACUUGGUUGAUUGAAAAUUAUAAUGGAGUCUGUAAAGAUCGCGCUGAUGCUGUUAAUGACAAUUUCCACGGUGAAAGGAGCAGAUGUAAUUAAUGCCGUGGAGGUCAACACCCCGUCAGGCUGGGUCAGAGGUUAUGAGGAAAGCUAUGAGAAGGGUCAAGUAUACAGAUUUGUAAAAAUUCCGUUUGCACAACCUCCAUUAGGAAAACUACGUUUUCAGAAACCCCAACCAAUCGGAGAAUGGGAAGGUGUCCAGGGAAUAUCCGAUACAAAUUCUCCUUCCUGUCCACAGUGGGAUUUUCCAAUGCCCGGAUUUGACAAUUUACAACAAGAUGAAAAUUGUUUAUAUCUCAAUAUUUACGUUCCUGGUAAAAUAUCAAGGGAGCGCAGUCUUUCUGUAAUGGUUUGGAUUCACGGCGGAGGAUUUAUGUUCGGUGGAGCUGGUCAAUAUAAACCCCAGAAACUGGUUUUAGGUGGUGACGUCAUAGUUGUGACAAUCAAUUACAGGCUUGCACUUUUAGGUUUUUUCACUUUGAAUGAUCCUUUACUGUCGGGUAAUUUUGGUCUGUUGGACCAAAUUGAAGCUCUUCGUUGGGUUCAGAAGAAUAUUGAAGCCUUCGGAGGGAACCCUAAUUCUGUCACUAUAUUCGGAGAGUCAGCUGGUGGAAUGUCUGUCAGUCUGCAGACGUUGAUUCCUUCUAAUAAGGGACUGUUUCAACGUGCAAUUUCACAGAGUGGUGUUGCAACUUUCUUUGCAAUCUCCAGAAAGAAUUUAGAGAAAAAAACAGCGAACACGCUUCUCGAAAAAACUUCUUGUAAUGAAAAGAAAGAUGUCUCUGAAAUUUUGGAGUGCCUUCAGAAACUUCCAGUUGAAAAUAUUACAAAUGCUAUUACAAUGAUGGACUUGGAGAUACCAAUGAAUAUGUCCUAUGAACUAGGGGGGUUUGUACCGAGUGUUGACGGGGAAUUGAUAAAGGAAAACUUUGCUUAUCCAAGAUCGUCAGAUAACGACAUUUAUAGUUUUUUCCGUACCGUUGAUUUUAUGUCAGGGACACUUGAUGGGGAGGGGAAUUUUGUGUAUGUUGGCAUGACUCCACAACUUCAAGAGCAUUUCAAAUUCAAUGUGACAGAAAAAAUUCCAAAGACUGUUCUCUGUGAAAUGACCGCUCCUGUAUUUGUUGAAACGGCUGUUGGAAAUUCCCCUGAUUUAGUGCAAGAAAUAUGUGACUUAUAUACCGAUACGGAGAGCGUUGAUGCUCAAAGUAACAAGGUCUGUGAAUUUAACGGUGACUCUUCUUUCAUUGUUCCAAGUAACAUCAUGUUAUCUAUUCACGCCAAGGAGAAUACAGGGGCUAAAACCUUCCAAUAUCUGGUAACUAAAGCGAGCCCUAUGCCUUUCGGUGGAGAUCCACCUUCCUGGUUUAAGGGAGCCGGACAUGGUGAUGAACUAUAUCUUUUGUUUGAAUAUCUCACAACAAUCCCAGAAGAAAAACGUGAAAACUUUGCCGAAGCAAAUCCACUGUCUGAAAAUGUUGUCCAAUAUUGGACCAAUUUUGCAAAGUUUGGAAAUCCUAAUAGUGACAAAGUACCAGAAUGGCCAUCCUAUGACGUCAACAGGAAAAGAUACGUCAUCUUAGAGACGCAAAUUACAACAGGCCAAAAUUUGAAACCUGAAGCCACAGCACUACUCAGUAAAAUAAUAGAGAAGGGCCGUCAGAGACCUGAACACGAUGAAUUAUAAUGGAUUAUUUUAGAUUGGAUUUAUAUACAUUCUAAGUAUCAUAUAGACGAUAAAGCGCAUUUAACAAAUGUUACUGUUGUUAGGUGCGAGAUCAAAAGUUCAAUGUCUGACCCAAAAAAUAAUAAAUUCACAGUUUUCACUGUUUAGACCCCCACCGAAUGUUGAAACUAAUUGAUUAACAAGUAAAAACAUACGAUCAUAAAUAACACACUGUGUACCUUCUCUAUUCUUUAUUCACAAAUGAAAGUGCACAUAUUUUUAUCCGGCAUCGAUCUUUUGAUCUCGCUCCUUACAGAUGUAACUCGAUGAUAAAAUGACCUUUUUUUUCAUUAUGCACUAGCGGCAAAUUGGCUUUUAAUGUUUGCUUCUGUAAAUAUUUUGUACUUUAUUUUUGUGAUCUUUUCUCGUCUAAUCGAAAAAUUGAAUAAAGAUAGUUUGACAUAU